AUGUAUCUGAAUAGUGCUUUUUUGGCACACUUCAUGUUGAAGGAACGUUUGCGGCAUAUGGGUGUUCUGGGAUGUGUUUCAUGCAUUGUGGGGUCAGUGGUGAUUGUAAUACAUGCACCCCAGGAGCAUAUUCCAAAUUCUAUACAAGGAAUCUGGACUUUGGCAACUCAACCAGCAUUUUUAAUUUAUGUAGCAGCUGCAUUAUCAAUCGUGCUAGCUUUGAUUUUGCGUUUUGAACCUCGCUAUGGGCAGACAAACAUAUUAGUCUACUUGGGAAUAUGUUCAUUAAUGGGUUCACUUACGGUUGUAAGCAUUAAGGCAAUUGGAAUUGCAAUAAAGCUUACACUGGAGGGAAUAAGUCAAAUUGAAUAUCCUCAGACUUGGUUUUUUCUCACAGUUGCAGCUGUCUGUGUUGUCACACAAUUGAAUUAUCUCAACAAGGCUUUGGAUACAUUCAAUGCGGCUAUCGUUUCUCCAAUAUAUUACGUGAUGUUCACUACUCUUACCAUUGUUGCUAGCGCAAUAAUGUUCAAGGAUUGGUCAGGUCAGGAUGCAAGCAGCAUAGCUUCUGAGACAUGUGGAUUCAUCACUGUACUUUCAGGGACAAUUAUACUUCAUGCAACGAGAGAACAGGAACCAGUUAAUGCAUUAGGAACUGUAACAUGGUACGAUGGAGAGUCGAUAAAGAGUACCGAGGAUGCACAUUUUAUCACUUUGCACAAUUCAGAUUACUUUGAAUAG